ACUUCACACACAUUGUUUGCCAAAUCGCAAUGAACACAAUAAAGAAAGACGUAAACCUUACAGGUAUAACUGACGCGAAAUCUGGACAAGAGUUAGGGGCUCUGUCAAUCGCUGAACAAUUCCAAAAGUACUCUAUUUCGUCAUUUCAGAACUUUUUACUGCGUAACACUUAGUUGGUACGAUGUCCCACUUUGUUCUUGGCAACGGUCGAGUAUUCGUGACGCAUGCUUUCACUGCUUUGGAGUGUCAUCUACAACAGUGAGCUACUUGUUUGCCCUCAACACGCAUGUGUGCUGAACACAACAAACGCAAGUUUGUUUUGAUCUCAUCAUCAGCUAUAAUCCUCUCGUCCUCUUCAAGUAUGCACGAUAUCAAGUGAUUUGAACACAAUGAUUUCUGUUUAUUAUCACAGGGUGUACAUUGUCGGAAAGCUUGUAAGCUAUCGUCAGCACGUAACUUGUAAAUUUCGUACACGGCCAAUUCAUUGCAAACGCUCAGAAUAUAUUGAUUUUGAACAAACCCAGAUACUAUUAUUGGUAGACAUUAAACAUGUAAUAAACCUACGAUCGAAAAUCCUCUUCGUUCAUCAAAAUUACACGCAAAGUAGCACGUAAACAUCAUUCAUAAACAAUUUUUCGCCAGAGUCCUACGUCUGUCCCUUUGUGAGCUUAUUCGUGAUCGUAUCGUCUGUUAGCAUGACAUCAUGAUUAAACAUAUCCAUAGCGAGACAUAACACACGAAGGUGUUUUUCACCCUUGAGCAUACGACUCCAGAUGAUAGUUGUAUGAAACUCGUCUAUCAUCGGGACAUGGUUAAAUUCAAAGUCUCAUUAACUGCUCUUUCAUCAGUCGCAUUUUGAGCCUUCAAGUUCAUCUGGCUCACUUCCAGACCAUAAAAGUGAUAGAUCAAACCUUGUGGGUAACAGGCAAUGAAUUGAGCAAAGAGCGAUUUGUACGCUUUACUCCGUGUGUGCAUCAGGUGCAAAUCUAAAAUCUCGUCAUUUAAAAGUUGUGGAUACUUUGCUACAACCGACUGAAGAGUCGAGACAGCAGCAGACUUGACAAUCAACGUGAAUUUAUAAGAAACUCGGAGUGUCUUCUUAACGUCUGCUUAGCAAACAUAUCAUGGUCGAGAAUACGAAAAACCAGUCGAUCAUUGCGCUUCUAUGGGCCGAAACAAAGUAGACAGUCAUAGCGACUCGAGAUA